AUGGCGGCUGCCAAAGAGUGCGCUAAACCACAGGCUAAACCGUCCAAGCGGUCAUCACAACAACAGCUUUCCUUGGAGGCUAGUUUGGAAAAUUUAAGAGAGCUAACCAGUUCAUUAGAGACAAAAAAGACCCCAAAGCAGAGCGACUUCUUCCUCUCGUACAAUAGCAGCGGUAAAAGAAUCCGUAAUCCCAAACACAAAUACCGGUCUGUUGCUGAGCGGCGCAAAACAAACAAAAAGCACGCUACUUCUGGCCAAACUAUAAGUGUUACAGGUAAAUUAAUUUUAAUUUUUAUAGAUUAUCCGCCUCACCAUAUACUAUUUGUUGCUUUGUGCUUCAGUUAUGUGUGAUAGCGCUGUUGAAUUAUUAAUUGCAUUUUUAGAGGGGGACCUUGAUGUUUGCUCAUUUGAAUCAGGUAGUGGCUUCGAUUUUGACAUCGAUGAAGGAACAUCUGAUGCCUCUCUGUCAAGAG